AUGACCGAUCCAGCUUUAGAACUAGCAGAAACCAUCCAAGCCGCCUCCAUCAAGCGGGAUCCAUCCCCGAGACACGACAUCAAUCCUUCAACCUCCGCCUCGGAGAAGCGACCAGUUACACAACGAGCUUCCUCCGAAGCUGGCAGCAUCCCUUCGGAUAUUGUAGACCCCAGUCGCAUGAUUAGGCCCGUUUCGCGCCGUCAUACUCUUCCUCCUUUGCCCGAUUUGCGGUUCGAGCAGAGCUAUCUCGCCAGCUUGCGAGGUGCCGAUACAUGGGGCCGAGUUGCAUGGAUUACCAUUCGGGACCAGGUCCUUCUACCACUCAUGCAGGGUACUCUUUGGACUCUUGCUCUUUCUGGCUGGCGUUACUGGAACCGCACAGCUUCUCUCAGUGGCCAGACGCUCGGUAGCAGACUACGAAGGUGGUGGUACGAAGUCAAUAAUUGGAAGCUUCCUCCCCUGGGUACAACAAGGGACCCUCGACUUGCCUCCAAGGUCGAAGACAUACGGUUCAAGAAUCAAGUCGAUCUGCAGCUGACGUUCUCGGAGUUCUUACAGUUCUACACGGCGCAAUUCUCGAAUGCGGGUGCAGACUAA